UACCAUUUGCUGCCGGAGCUAAGGUGUUCUUCUUCGUGUCUUCAACUUCGGAUCUUCUUCAUUAGAACUAUGGCUUCUCUCGGCAAAACGAAGAAGGCUAAUGAUGCUAAAUUGAAGCGGCUUUGGGAGGCAGUGGCUUCCAAGAUGAAGCAAAUCAACGAUCUUGGCUGCCAUGGUGGGGCGAUGGCAACCAUCAAGGGGAAAAUUCUGGCAGCUGGAUCCCUUGGGUCCAGCAUGCUGGAACACCGCCACCUUCUAUCCGAGAAGGCGGUGGAAGGCACUCUGCCCCUCUCAGCCCCCAUCUUCACUCCUCUGCCUGCAAAGUUGGAGGAUAUGCCAGAGAAGGUUCUGCGAAGCUGGGUUGCCGACUAUGUUCGAACAUCUGUUGGUCGCAACCAACCACGAUGGGGAAACAAGGAGUGUGCACCCGUUUGGUGGCCGCACCACAUUCUUCCCUACGCAAAUGUGUGUGCAGAUGCCAGGAUUGAUACGGCAGAGAGGCCGUACCGGCAGUGCCUGGAGCUCUGUCUGCAAGCGUGCUGUGAGCACCAUGGCAUCAUCAUGAACACUGGCUGUUCCAAAGCGCAACAAACACGUCUGCAGAGGUUAGGAGACGAAAUGUCAGCCUGUGCAGUGCGGAUAUCGGAUGCCUCCAGCAAGCAGGUGAAGAUUGGCAAUCUUCUCCGGUUCAGGGAGGUCAAUGACGCUCAUGGUGACAUUUCCACCGAAGUCGGCCACCUCAUGCGUCUUGCUUCUGGUCUUAAGGGUUCAUAUGAAGAUGCAUCUGCACCAGAUGCUCAAGAGUCAGGGCUGGAGAGUGCUGAACAAGGUGGACUUCAAGUUGAACUAGAUGGUGAUGUUGAUGCACCUGACCUUCAGGGUUCAUAUAAUGAGACAUCUGCACCAGAUGCACAAGAGUCCGAGCUGGAGAGUGCUGAACAAGGUGGACUUCAAGUUGAACUAGAUGGUGAUGUUGAUGCACCUGCCCUUCAGGGUUCAUAUAAUGAGACAUCUGCACCAGAUGCACAAGAGUCCGAGCUGGAGAGUGCUGAACAAGGUGGACUUCAAGGUGAACUAAUAAAUGGUGAUCUAGAUUCAGGUGGACCUGAACUUGGCAGUGAUAGUAUCAUGGAUGAAGCCGACAUGUAAUUUAUAGUGUCUCAAUAAUGUGCAUACUUGGCUUUUUUUGGACUGUUUCAUGUGUAGAAAAUGUUGGCGUUUCUGCCUUGCCCAUCACUCUUUCAAUUGCUUCAUAGAACUGUGCUUGGAUAAAUAUGGUGUACGUGUCUGGUACAGCCAAGUGGUAAAUCA